AUGUUGACUCUCGCUAUCUCACUCAUACUCAUUGCAUUUCUGGCAUGUGUAUUGGGCACAGAUGGCACCCUUCCGGCAAAGGUGCAGAUCCCCGAACGCCAAUUGUUUCCGGUAAUGGAACUCGAUCCAGCUUUCAAUGAUAUUCCAGGCGGAAACCUGGGCCCAAGAGCGCCCCUCGCUCCAGGUAGACUGAUCGAGGUUCCCACCUGGAAAAACACCAACACAGCUGAGGGCAGUGAUCAUGUAGCUACUCUAGAACCAUCCGCACAUCCAUCGCUUUCCGGGACCUUAGUGCCAUCUUCUUCUAGGCGAAACGGCCUCCGCACUCGCCCUCCAUCCAUACAUGUACUCGAAGGAAAUCCUGGGGUGACGAUCUCGACGCUGCCAGGCUCAAGUGCAAGCCGAUCACAAUUCCGGCUUCCCUAUCAUCUUCCUGCUUUUGAGUUGAGAGGGCAGAGAUGGGGGCCAUACCAAGUUGGAACUGACAGGUUCGCGCUACAAGCCUACCCUCUGGACCUUCCGGCGUUCCGACAUCUCUAUCAAGGCUAUGCUCUUCGCUCAUGGAAGCCAUGGAACUUUGAGCAUUUCAUAGCCAAUGAUGCUUUCUCGGCUGCAGGUAUUAGGUUCCAGCCUGAUCCUUCUGUGCUGCUAGCUAUUCGCGGCCUUAUAUGGCGUUCGUUGCAAACAGAAGGCAUUGCUCCUCGACUCGUGAGUCAAGGUGAAACUUUGAUUCAGGGCGAUUACCUCUGGCCGCCUGUCGAAAUUACAAGAUUUGGCAGCGAUGAUCUCGACAUUGUGCGCUCUUUACUCACCCAACGCAUCCGACAAGCUAUAGCGGAACAGAUCAGCGUGCACUCGAUCGGACGUCCCAGACUGUUUCAUCUCGAGGUCAUAAUUGGGCAUCAGGUCCGACACAUCCUCAUGGUACCCGCCCGGGUUCCUAGGUUCUUCGAUCCUUCGCGCUCUUUUGCAGACUCGCAACCUUGGUUCUUCUUUGAAGGUAUGAGAGCAACAGGAAACAGAUUGGCUUUUCUCGGCGCGACAUUCUUGCCAAAGGACGUAGAAUGGGUGCUACUCAAGUCUCAAACUAUCCAGGUUGCCUUGCCUUCACUUGCCCGGGUACCUCGUUCGCUUCGACCAGUUUGA